GGCGAUGCGGGGCGCCGGCGCGGCCGCGUCGCGCUUGCCCCUGGGCCUCGGCGCCUUGGUGCUGGCGCUUCUGGGCGCGCUGCCCGCGGGCGCCGGGGCGCAGCCGUACCAUGGCGAGAAGGGCAUCUCGGUGCCCGACCACGGCUUCUGCCAGCCCAUCUCAAUCCCGCUGUGCACGGACAUCGCCUACAACCAGACGAUCCUGCCCAACCUGCUGGGCCACACGAACCAGGAGGACGCGGGCCUCGAGGUGCACCAGUUCUACCCACUGGUGAAGGUGCAGUGCUCGCCCGAGCUGCGCUUCUUCCUGUGCUCCAUGUACGCGCCCGUGUGCACUGUGCUGGAGCAGGCCAUCCCGCCGUGCCGGUCCCUGUGUGAGCGCGCCCGCCAGGGCUGCGAGGCGCUCAUGAAUAAGUUCGGCUUCCAGUGGCCCGAGCGGCUGCGCUGCGAGAACUUCCCGGUGCACGGCGCCGGCGAGAUCUGCGUGGGCCAGAACACCUCGGACGGCUCCGGGGGCCCGGCCGGCGGCCCCACGGCCUAUCCCACCGCGCCCUACCUGCCCGACCUGCCCUUCACUGCGCUGUCCCCGGGGGCCGCAGACGGCCGCGGCCGCUCCUCCUUCCCCUUCUCGUGCCCUCGCCAGCUCAAGGUGCCCCCCUACUUGGGCUACCGCUUCCUGGGCGAGCGCGACUGCGGCGCCCCGUGCGAACCGGGCCGCGCCAACGGCCUCAUGUACUUUAAGGAGGAGGAGCGGCGCUUCGCCCGCCUCUGGGUGGGCGUCUGGUCGGUGCUGUGCUGCGCCUCGACGCUCUUCACCGUGCUCACCUACCUGGUGGACAUGCGGCGCUUCAGCUACCCCGAGCGGCCCAUCAUCUUCCUGUCGGGCUGCUACUUCAUGGUGGCCUUGGCGCACGUGGCCGGCUUUCUGCUGGAGGACCGCGCCGUCUGCGUGGAGCGCUUCUCGGACGACGGCUACCGCACGGUGGCGCAGGGCACCAAGAAGGAAGGCUGCACCAUCCUCUUCAUGGUCCUCUACUUCUUCGGCAUGGCCAGCUCCAUCUGGUGGGUCAUCCUGUCGCUCACCUGGUUCCUGGCGGCUGGCAUGAAGUGGGGCCACGAGGCCAUCGAGGCCAACUCGCAGUACUUCCACCUGGCCGCCUGGGCCGUGCCCGCCGUCAAGACCAUCACCAUCCUGGCCAUGGGCCAGGUGGACGGGGACCUGCUCAGCGGCGUGUGCUACGUGGGCCUGUCAAGCGUGGACGCUCUGCGGGGCUUCGUGCUGGCGCCCCUGUUUGUCUACCUCUUCAUCGGCACGUCCUUCCUGCUGGCGGGCUUCGUGUCUCUCUUUCGCAUCCGCACCAUCAUGAAGCACGACGGCACCAAGACGGAGAAGCUGGAGAAGCUGAUGGUGCGCAUCGGCGUCUUCAGCGUGCUUUACACGGUGCCUGCCACCAUCGUGCUGGCGUGCUACUUCUACGAGCAGGCCUUCCGCGAGCACUGGGAGCGCACCUGGCUGCUGCAGACGUGCAAGAGCUACGCCGUGCCCUGCCCUCCCGGCCACUUUCCGCCCAUGAGCCCCGACUUCACCGUCUUCAUGAUCAAGUACCUGAUGACCAUGAUCGUGGGCAUCACCACCGGCUUCUGGAUCUGGUCGGGCAAGACCCUGCAGUCGUGGCGCCGCUUCUACCACAGACUUAGUCACAGCAGCAAGGGAGAGACUGCGGUAUGA